CGCAGGCGCGCAGGCGGCUAAGAGUCCGGUCACCGUCCCGGAGCCUAAGUUGCGCCCGUGCCAGCGUCUCCUCUUCCACUGUGUACCAUGAGCCCAGGUCCCCGCCUGUUGCUGCCCGCGGUGCUCUGCCUGGGGCUCGGCGUCCUCGUGUCUUCUUCGGGGUCCUCAGGCGUCCGAAAGCGAGGUCCCUCGGUGACGGACAAGGUUUUCUUUGAUGUGAGGAUCGGAGACAAAGAUGUGGGUAGAAUUGUGAUUGGCCUCUUUGGAAACGUUGUACCCAAGACGGUGGAAAACUUCGUGGCUCUGGCAACAGGAGAGAAAGGCUUCGGGUACAAGGGAAGCAUCUUCCACCGUGUCAUCAAGGACUUCAUGAUUCAAGGAGGGGACUUCACAGCUAGAGACGGCACUGGAGGUAUGAGCAUUUAUGGUGAGACAUUUCCUGAUGAGAACUUCAAACUGAAGCACUAUGGCAUUGGCUGGGUCAGCAUGGCAAAUGCUGGACCGGACACCAACGGGUCCCAGUUCUUCAUCACCUUGACCAAGCCCACCUGGUUGGACGGCAAACACGUUGUAUUUGGAAAAGUCUUGGAUGGGAUGACUGUGGUUCAUUCCAUAGAACUUCAAGCAACAGACGACCAUGACCGCCCACUUACCGACUGCACCAUCGUCAACAGUGGCAAGAUAGAUGUGAAAACACCCUUUGUGGUUGAGGUCCCUGACUGGUGACAGAACUAGUGGAAAACAGGGAACACACUGGCUGGUCCAUGUGCGCAUCUGCGAUCCACCAGCUGUCUUCUGACUCUUUAGUUACUUAAAACUGUAGUUAAACAUGUUUCUUUUUACAUUUUCCAGUCUAGAUGGCAAUGAAGAUUUAAAAAUCAACCACACAGCCAGAUGUCUCAACAAGCACCUGUCAUCCCAGUAUUUGGGAGGUGCAGGCAGGAGGAUCAGGGGUUCAAGGCCAGCCUUGGCUACAUAGUGAGUUUGAGGCUAGCCUUAUCUGUGUUCAAAAAAAAUCGUACCAACAACAACAAAAAUCAAUCAAAAUCUUGCUCAGGUACUUUAAACUGAACAACAUAUCCUUGUUUUCUAGUGGUGCUCGUUUCAAAUCAGAAAACUUUGCAUUGGCUAUUUAUAGUUACGAACACGGUCUUUUGUUUGUUUAAUUUCUCACAGUUCCUUGUGAUCUCCAUUUGGGUGACUGGAGGGUUUAUUUGAGGAAGGUGGCUAUAGUGAGGCUUAGCAUUUUCUAUUCAAAUAAUUCUUGUUCAGGGAAAGGGAAAUGUGAGUAGUAUCAUGUGCCGUAUAUCAUCAGCAUUCUGGAGCUUUGAUGUUCUUUAUAUUAAAUACUUUUUAAAUGAAUUGA